UGGAAGGAGCAACUUGAAAGCCUCAGCCGCUGCACAGCGAACCAUUCUUAAGCGAGAGCAGGAGGCGGGAACACCGAGACAAUAUUGUCCACUUUAAUUAAAUUAUCCACCUCAGAGCGGACUGACUGCAACGACCGGAAAGACAUAACCUAUAUCAAAACAAAAUUAGUGAUGAAAACUUCGUGUGCAAGAAACAGGAAUGUUGUGUUGGUAUUUGGCUUUGUGGUGGCGUUGUGUGUCACUCUUUACUUGCAUUGGCCGCCCAACUCUGAAGCGGGAGACUUCUUCAGUCUGAAGAGGGAUAUGGGCUCCCCUGGGAAUAGCAAGAGCCUUGAAGAGUCCCCCUUGCAAAGCAUCAAGCAAGAAACACUUCCAAGGUCAACCGUCAAGGAAGUGGGGCCCCUUCCACUAGACAUGGACCAAGAGGACCCAGCGCUAGCGGCUUACAUUCGCUCCCUGAUAGCGCCCCCCUCUAAGCUGCCCUACAACCUCACCAAUCCAAAGAAGGAACACUUUUCUCAGUAUUCACAGACCCAGUUCCUCAUGCAGAGAAUCUUUCCUAACAUGAAAGGUGGCUUUUUUUUGGAGGUGGGGGCGGCGGACGGGGAACUGCACAGUAACACGCUCUACCUGGAGAGACAGAUGGGAUGGCGAGGCCUUCUGAUUGAGGCAUUUCCGGGCACUUACCAACAGCUACUGCAAAAGCACAGGAAGGCCUACUCCAUCCAGACCGCAUUGUCCCUUACCAACAAGUCCACUGAGGUUAAAUUCCGUGUUCUUGGUCCAAAGGGAGAGCUAAGUUCUGUGUGGGACAAGAAGGGCAAAACAAUAAUCACCGUUCGAGCCUUGCCGCUGUACGCUAUCCUUAAAGCCCUCGACGUACCUGUCAUUGACUACUUAUCAUUGGACAUCGAAGGAGCAGAGAUGAAGGUGCUGGACACACUACCGUGGGACAAGGUGAAGGUGCGCGUGAUGCAUGUGGAGUACAACCAUCUGAGUGGUGGACAUAAGGAUUUAGUUUCGGCUAUGGAAGCCCGAGGCAUGCGUUUCAUCGGAACAAGAUCCAUUGACGCCUGGUUUGUGUGUCCGGAGCUCUACAGAAACACCAUCAAAAACGUCACACAGCCUAAAGAAUAACAGUUUCGCUAAACAAAGACUUUUAUACUGUCCUUUUACUGUCGUUAUACUAUCGAACUCAAUAAUCAACAGUGGUGUCCCACAGGGCUCUGUCCUAUCUCCUACUCUCUUUCUGAUUUUCAUUGAUGAUCUACUUUUCAAAACGAACUAUCCUAUCCAUUCUCACGCCGAUGACCCUACUCUGCAUUACUCAACUUCUUUUGAUAGAAGGCCAACCCAACAGGAACUAUACGAUUUCAGGCUGGAGGCUCAAAAUCUCAACUGGAAACUCCAUAUCUCCUCUCACACUAAAUCAGCUUCCUCGAGGUUGGGCGUUCUGUAUCGUCUUCGUCAGUUCUCCCCCGCACAGAUGCUGUCCAUAUACAGGGGCCUUGUCCGCCUUCGUAUUGAGUAUGCAUCACAUUGUGUGUGGGGGCUUUACUCAAACAGCUCUCUUGGACAGAGUAGAGUCUCAUCAACUCCCCUCCUCAUACUGACAGUCUUCUUUCUCUUAAAUUCCGCCGCCACGUUGCCUCUCUUUCCAUCUUAUAUCGAUAUUUUCUUACUUAUUGCUCUUCUGAACUUGCUAACUGCAUGACUUUCCCCCUCCCGCGGCCUCGCUGUACUCGGCUUUCCACUCUAGCUCAUCCCUAUACUGUCCAAACCCCUUAUGCAAGAGUUAACCAGCAUCUUCACUCUUUCAUCCCUUACACUGGUAAACUCUGGGACAGCCUUUCUUCGUCUGUAUUUCCUCUUGCCUAUGACUUGACCUCUUUCAAGAAGAGCAUAUCAAGACACCUCUCCACCCGAAAUUAACUUCCCUUUUGGCCACUCGUUACUUGUGUCAGUUGUGGGAGCGACAAAUAGCGGUCUUUUUUUUUCUACACUCUUUUUGUUACCCUUGAGCUUUGUUGUAAAAAAAUAAAAUAAUGCAAGAGUUUAGCUUUA